GUCACGGUCAUGUUUUUCUCUCGUCCUUAUGGCGCCUCUUCCUCUUGUGCUUUAAUCGAUAAUAACACUACACACCGCUGAAAUACACACAUCACGCUUCACGCCUCCCCUGAAAUCCCCAAGAAGCCCUUCCGAACUGAAUAACUGGCAAGAUAACGAGAGAUAAGGGAGAAAAGUACGCCAGGAGGGAGUAGGGGACCACAACACCCUCCAUAUUGAAUUAAAGGCUUGCACACGGCACUCAAGGUGAAUGUUGGGUUUUGAAUCUACGUUAGUUGGAGGAGAGGAGAGGAGACGAGAAGGUGAACUACGCUACAACACCUGCUACUAUUGCCCGUGCAGUCUACCUCCCACCGCCACCACCACCGUCACUGUCACCACACCUGCCCGCCUGCAUCACUACACAGGUGCGCUCACUCCCUCAUUCAUUGUCAUCAGUCCCCAUGGCGGCUCUUGCGGUUCUGCUGCUGCUGGUUGCCUCUAGGGCGUGCCAGGGCUGCCCGGUCCCCAAUGCCUCGGACGCCCAGCUGCUCAAGGCCGACCCGUACCUACAGCACAUCUUCUCCAAGUACGCUGACGAGAGCAUACCGGGUCCCUCAGGGAUCAUCACUCACGAGGGCAUGAUGCAGCUGAUGAGGAACCUCCAGGGACGACCUUCCCAUCCCGACCACGAGCACAACGCAGGGGACGACCACGUAACGCACGAUCACCACCCGCAUAACCACACCUGCGCCCAAACGCACGGUAGUCACGACUCUGUGCACUCUGGUGACGACCCAACAGCUGGUAGUGAUCCUGCAAGGCCCCACGACCACCAUGGCAGUGAGCGGCACCCCGGCGACGACCACAGCUACUCCAAGGACAACGUUGACGACCACCGCCACCACGACCACCCCCACCAGGACGGUCACCCACAAAAGAGGAGCUUAUCCACCGCUACGCCCUCAGAUGCCUACGACCACCACGACCAUGACCACGACCACCACGACCAUGACCAGGUGGAACGCAUGACAAACAUGGACACGGACAUAGUACACGUGCAGGAAAUACUGGCUUUACUAAACCAACGCCCAUCGAAGGCCAUGUACACUCAAGACACUCGCAUUCACGUCACAUCCGCCGUGUUGCCUAGCCGCUUCAUAUUUCUCGUGACAGAACACUCGGCUGCCUUGGACUUUUGUGAGUGUGAGCAGCUUCAGGAGUUGCUGGGGCAUGGAGGAGCUUCAUUUUCAAAUGCCGUGACUGCCAGGGGCUUCAUCAACCUGUGCCCUGCCCUUGUAGCCUACCUUGACCUAUGCCCUACUGAGGAAGGGACCCAAGAUGACCAUGGCCAGUCACAUGGCCACUCCCACUCACACCACCGACGCCGAGACUUUACCACCGAGAGUUGGGUUGGAGCAGUGACGAGCAUGGUGGUGGUGGGUCUGAUGGGACUGGGCUGCAUCAUGCUCAUCCCAGCACUGAAGCGAGGCCAACACUACGAGCAGGUCAGCCGCUUCCUCAUCGCCCUGGCUGUGGGGACGCUGGCUGGGGACGCCCUUGUACAUCUCCUUCCUCAUGCUAUUUCCAUGAAGGUGCCGGAGGGAAGCAAUGCCCACGUGCUUCACUCCCUGUACGGCUUCACGGCGCUCGGGGGAAUCAUCAUGUUCCUCUUCCUGGAGCGUUUCCACAACAUGUUCUGCGGCCACGAGCACAGCCACAGCCACAGUCAUGAGCUUGCUGGGGAGCUGACCCGGAGCAAGGAGGAGAUAGACAAAGAGACAGUAGGCACCACCACCACCAUCGAGGAUACUGGGAGUCAGAGCAUAGACAGGAUAGGUGAGAAACUCUCCAAACAUUCCAAGCAUAAUUCUUUCAUAUAUGCAGAGAGUGUUCUAACUAUGGACACACAGAACUGCUUUGAGGGUUGCAGCUCCAGCCCUAGCAGUGAUGCCAAUGGGAACACUGGGAAUGGCUUGGAGAGAGGGCGCCUGGGGGAGGAUGCCACGGCCUCACCACACGAGGAGACAGAGGUGACAAUUGGAAUGGAAAAGCCUGCUGAGAAGAAACUUGCCUCCCAUGCUACCGAGAGGGAGAGGCUGGUCACUACCCCGGCAGAGAAGGAAAUGGGUGGAGAACUCUCACUGAUCCUGGACACUCCGUCUGCCUCGGUGCGGCCCAAGGUGAUCCGUCAGAACAGCAGCAGCUUCAACAUGGUGCUGCAGGAGUACCAUGUGGGGCACCACGGCCACUCCCACCACGGCCACUCCCAUGUCACAGGUCGCAAGGACUCCCUGAAAGCCAUGAUCCUGGUUGGGGAUGCCCUGCACACUUUCCUGGAUGGCAUGGCCAUUGGGGCUGCCUUUGGUACCAGCAUCACAGGGGGAGUAGCCACCUCCAUUGCUGUCUUGUGUCAUGAACUGCCACACAAAAUUGGAGACUUUGCUCUGCUGUUUGAGAUGGGCAUGGGUUUGGCUCAGGCACUGAAGAUGAUGCUGAUGCUGUGGGUGUUCAGCUUGCUUGGGGUGGUGAUGGGAGUGCUGCUCGGCUCCAUCCCCACAGCCUCCCCUUGGAUAUACUCCUUCACAGCUGGAGUCUUCAUCUACUUGGCUCUUGUGGACCUACUGUCUGAACUGUCAGUGAACCGAGGUGGAAACUCGGGGGGUGUAGCAACGCAGAUGUUUUGCCAGGGCAUGGGCAUGUUCACCGGCGCUGUCAUCAUGCUCUUCAUCGCUAUCUACGAACAUGACAUUGAGAACCUCAUCAAUGGCUCCUUCUGAGAUGUCUAUGGAUGAAAACUCUGACCACAAAACUAGGAAAGUUGCCAGCACAUACAAUACUUCAGGUGGACGCUCCUCACUUGGGACCAUUUUCUUUUAUGUUGUCUUUGGUGGAUCAUGUCUUGUCUGGUGGAGUAAGUUUUCAAGGCAUUGAUUGUGUAGUGGGUGUGAAAUUUGCUGGAAGAAAAUGAAGAAUUGAGGAGUUGAGAUUGUUAUAUGAGGAGUCUCCUUUUACAUGUGUGUCUCAUGGGGAGGGUGUGGUUGAGCUAUUUUUGCAUGAUUUGAAGAAGGAUAAAAAAAAGUGAAGAAAGAUUAUUUUAGUUGUUUUUAUUUGACAGAGGUCUUGGUUUUGACUUCCUUUAUAUAAACAGGUUGUGACGUGUUUGAUCUACACACGCUGGAGUUUCAGAGACAGGGAAGUUAGCAGUGCCGGAUGUGCAUGCAAAGACUAUAUAUUUUAUGGGAAUUGUUUUCUAAAAAAUUUGAAAUUACAAAAAAAUGGUGAUGCAAAUGUGAUGAGUAGUGGUGUGAUAAACUAAUGGUAAAUAUUUUUCAAACAUACAAAUAUGUUUAUGAAGGAAAAAUUGACACAAACAUCCACCCACUAACCCACAUUGUAUUUACACACACACACACACACACACACACACACACACACACACACACACACACACACACACACACACACACACACACACACACAUUGGUUGCGCUGUCUACCACUGAGUCCUGAAACAGAACCAGAGGAACCAGAGACAGGGGGUGACAUCUCACACGUGUUCAAAAUGUUUAUGAUAAGUUCCUAUAGUGUACUACUUGGUUAGUAAGUUCUGAUUAAACCUUUGAGCAUGCAGAGUGGCCAGGGCUCAGGAAUGUGGUGAUAUCUGCCUGUUGUCAUGGAGAGGAGGGAUUUGUGAUUGUUUUGCACCCACAGUAUUUUAGGACCUGUGACAUUUGGUUCUCAUCCUCACAGAAUCCUUCCCUUCAUUCUCCUUCCUUUCAUUUACUGUAGCUGCGAUUGGCAGAGACAUUUAUAGUCUAGAAUUUAAUGUUAUUCUUUACUUUUAUAUUGAUUUUGGUGUUGAGGUGAAUAACUCGAGGACCAGUUUGAUGUGGCUCAUGUGCCGCAGCCGUCACCCUUCAUUCAGGUUACUCGUGCUUGGAAAGACCUUCUGUUCUUGUAUUAGUCUUUCAUGACGCCAUUUUGUUGUGUAAUAGGAUGCGAUGAUGAACAAAUGCUCCUGGACAAAAGAUCUAGAGAGAGGUACUGUUAAGUUCUUAAUGUCUCCAUACACACACUCACAUUAUAGAAUAUAUACAUCCACUUCAUGAUUUGAUCAGAUGGAAUAAGUAACACCCAUAAAGAUGUAUUUUGAAUUGAGGAUUUUAAAAAGUUAAACCUUCAUAUGAUUUAAGAUAAUGAUAUCACUUGAUUGUAGGGAAGGGGAAAGAAAGCAUGAAUAGACUCAGUAAAAGUCUAAGAUGUUCUAGCACAUAAUUGAGUAACCUGGCAUCACUAUUACCACAGUCUUUGCAGGUGACAUUUCUGGCAGAAUCAUUGUCCGGCAAAAUAACAAUUAGAAAGGUUUAGUUUGAAGAAGAUAAUAAUUAUGUCUAUUCAGUGAACAAAUUUUAUGUAUUUAAAUGAGUAUUUAAUGUUUAUAUUAGUUGUGACCCUUUGUUUGAUUUAAGAUGAGAUUAUAUAAUCUCUCUCUUUUCUAUGAUUUAUCUGUUACAUGUAUUCAGAUUCUUGAUACAGGAAAGGCAUCUUUAUUUCAUGAUGAAAAGGAAAUGGCAUUUAAUGUUUUUUUCUCGUAUAUUUAUUUUCUUCUCUACAGAUAGAUAGAAUUUUGAUAUGCUUUUUUUUGUUAUUUCAAGUUUUUGAUGAGUUAGAAUAAGCUAUUUCAUUUGCUUCCAUCCCAUAAGUACUAUAAUCUCAUAAUGCUACCUACAUUUACCUAUGUCAGAAAUAUCAUCACAAGUCCUUUCCCCAAAGGUGCACUGAUAAGUGAUCAAGAUAUAUAGAUCUCUAGUGUUCUUUGGUCAUCCUUGGUCUGUCACGGGUGACAAGAAUAUAGGGCUUCUGCCAUGUUAUGGGUUCAUUCAUGCCCAGGCCAGGAGUUGCUGCCACCAUGGCUGAAGAGGAGGCAUCAAAGCAUUCCUUGUCACCCACAUCACAAACCUAUGAUGUAGUGGGAGCUGUAGGCAAAGGCUUCAUUUGAUUUUGAUAGUGAUCUUCAUUUGUAAUGUACAGAGCACCAUGUGUGAUGCUUAUUACAUGUGUAAAGGACAUAGAGGAGGAUAGUGACGUGUGCCACCGGUCAUGGUGUCGUAGGUGAUGGCUUUCAAGUUAGGAGGAGGGAGAUGAGUGAUGUUCAUCAGCAACAUGGAGUCUGCCUACUAUAUUUAUGUAUUUAUUUAUUUAUUUUUAUUUAUUUAUGUAUUUUUUUUGUUUGAGUAACUAUGAUGAUGUGUGUGAGAACCAGGCAGCUUGUGUUUAGCAUCAAGAGAGACGUGGUGGGUCCUGUGACUGACUAGAGUUGUAUGGCAUUUCAAACUCCAGCCUUGGGGCCAGUGGUCUCUCUCAGCCAGGCAUCACUGUGUAUCAUUGCCAGUCACUACUACAGUGCUGGUAGUGAUGGCACCAGCCUGCAGGUCGUUCAGGAAUCUGAUGUUAGGAGGCCAACCAAGUCUUGUUGUGUUAGUACUUAAGUAAUUUUUUUUUUCAUUUUUUGCAUGUGGUAUUUCUGAUUUCUCAUUAUUUCAUCUUUUUGUACUUAUUUAUUCACUUAUUUAUUCAAUGUUAAUUACUAUUUUAUGUAUUUAAUUAUUUGGUUUGUGACUUCAUACUAUCUCAGUUUAUUUUCCAUCUACACUUUACAUUGUCUGAUUAAUUUCACAAAGUUUUAAUGCCUUCAACUGAUCACAUGUGUCUUGACAGUCAACCCCAGGAGUGCUUACAGAAAAUGGGGAUUCUUAGGAAAAUUACAAUGAUGAUGAUGACAAGUGAUAAUGAUAAGACGAUGAUGAACCAAGAUUCGUUCGUAGAUGCUUGCUACUCUGCUCAAUAGAUAGAAGGAAUGUGUGGAUACAGGCUGGCGGUCACUGGCAGGGCGUGGUGUGGUGCGCUGGCUUGCCUGUGGAACUGUUCACUACAUGGGUGCUAACUUCAUGUUGAAUUUGUGUUAAGGCUGAAAUAUUAGUUACAUAGACAUUAGACAUUUAGGUUAUGUGGCUUUAGUUUGUAUCAUUGUCUUAAGAUUAAAACAAUGCGUAUCUAUGUAAUUCCAAAGCAGAGUCUAGAUUGAUUUUUCUUUGUAUUUUUCUAUUAAGGUUGGAAUGAAUAACUACUAAUUUAAUACCACAUUGGAAAUCUUAAGAUACUGAACUUUAUUUUGUAUAACAUUUAUGUGUUAAGGAUAAAAAAAAUAGGACUUGAAAUAGCAAUACUACACCUGAAAACUUAAGGUGUGUAUAGAUUAAGCUCUAAAUGAAUAAAAUACAUAUUUAUGAUAAUAGGAAAAAUAUAUUAUAAGACAUAUACACAUUGCAGGAUUAAAAAUUAUAAAUAUAUUUUGUUUACAGGAAAGGAGAAGCACAAAAUAUCAGAAAUGUAUCAAUAAUCUAUUUGCAUCAAGACAGGCAUGCAAAACUGUGAAGUCACACUGUUUAUUUGGCUGAUAGAAUAUAAGUUCACAUUUUGUUGAUCUCAUUUCCAUGAUUCUCGUCUGCUUCCGCCACCCAGGAUCACUAACACAUUGUAGACAUGUUUGUAGUAUUGAAGAUUGAGUUUGUUUGCACCGAGUGAUUUCGCACACACACACACACACACACACACACACACACACACACACACACACACACACACACACACACACACACACACACACACACACACACACACACACACACACACAAACAGUUUUUUUUUUUAAUGCACAUCAAAAUAGCAAAACUUUUCCUAAGUCUGUAAAGUUUUCAUUGUAGAAUAUGAAGUGAGUUCUUCAGGGUAUUUAUGGUCACCACCACCACCACCACCACCAGCCAUUUAUAUUGUGAAGGUGUGUACUGAUACUGUAUUUUCCUUGUGUUGAGUAUACCAAUACCAGAGGCUGGGUGAGGAUACCACUGGGUUCUUGUUUUUGUAUGUAGUGGAUGAUUGGUGUGUUCUGGUGAGGGUCAGUGUGCUUCUGUGAAGGCAAAGUGUAUCAUACAUAACAAAAUUUUCUUUCUUUUGAGUAAGUGUUGAAGAUUCAAUUUUGACAUAAUAUGUAUAAGAGAUUUCUCAUGUUCCAUCAUGUGCUUAGAUCUCCUGAGCCCCCAUGCAAUACUGUACCUCUUUAAGAUGUGAUUCUCGUGCCGAAACUUAUUGUGAUCCACAGUAAAACACACAUCAUACAAGCAUAUUUUGAGGCUGCUUAAUGGCUUCCCAGGAUAGCUACCAUUUCCACCACUGCACAGAGUUGGUGUGACGUAAGAAACUGUAGGUGAAGGUUGCACAUCAAUGCUUAACAUAAUGCAUAAGUGCUUUUCACGGACAUGUAGUUGUUCAUGCAUAUGUACUUAUAAGACCAGGGUUUAUGUGCAAGUAGGACUCACAUUGUUCGAGUCAUGUCUGAUAUCUUUCUAGUAGUUGCGAGUAUUUUUUCCCUAUGGAAGUGUUCCUUAAUGAAUGUAAGUUUGAAAAUUCCACUCAAGAACAUUGUUUAUUGACGUGGAAACAUCAUCUGAUGAAGCCACAGCAAGUGCAAAAUUUCUCUGUACUACAUGCUGGUCUUACCUUUGGAUUCCCACACUGAUGUAGGUUUCUAAUGUCAAAAAGAAUAAUCUUUAGACCAACCAUUUCAGUCCAUGGCCGGUGCUAGAGUUUUCCUCAUAAUAUGUGUGUCCAGUGUGUCCCCAGACUGGGCUGAGAGACAGUGUUCCAGCCCCGUGUGUGUGCGUGUGCAUGUGUGAUUUAGGCUUCCAGUUAGGCCACACAGAGAGGUCCUCCUGUACAUCAGUUAAUUUGAAGUCAUUUAGAUUUCCUGCAUAUAGUGGCUGGAAACUGUCUCCUCAGAACUUACCUGGACUGGAAGAGGUUACAGCAGCAGGGUUUGUCUUGAGCACUGGUAUGUGACAAAGGAAAGUAAAUGAUGUCAAAACUAUUAGUGUAAAGGUAGGCCAUUCUGUGUUUUUAGUCCCAUGUUGUAGGCAGUUUGUAGUUACAUGUUUGACUUUCUUUAACAGCAGUGGUUGGGGUUCAUCUUCACAAUACUAUCUUUAUAAGUUUCAUCAUGGAGAAGCUAAUAUCAUCAUGUCCAAUUACUGUUAAUAUUUGAGUAGUACAUGUCUGUACUUAUACUGUCUUAGGCACUGAGUUGUGAUACACCAUUUCCAAACCAUCAAGGAAACCUUCAUUGAUGUAUCAUGACAGUAAUCAUGUCAGUAUUGUUUCUACAUAAAUAUGAGGCUUUUA